AUGCCUUCCGAUGGUGACUCUUUCCUCCCCCGCAUUGAAUCUGUAUUCUACGCCGUCUUCGAUGUGCGGCAGGGCCCAAAGAUUGUCUAUCAGGUCCCCGAGGGUCUCAUUGCCCCGCCACCAAGUCUUUCUGGCAAUCCCUCCGUUCCACCAACUCCAUCUUCUAUCGACGUUCCACCCACAACACCGUUUCCUGGAGUCGAAUCCAGGAACUCUAGUACUUCCCAUAUGUCUCCCACCGAUAGUCGACCCGGCUCGCAUGGUCUCCAGUCCCCCCAGAAACGUUCCACCUCUUUGAACAGGAUCCUGUUCAAUUUCGACGACAUAUCCAAGUAUGUGAUACCACAGCCUGCUCUAUGUGGUCGCCUCGUUAUAUGCUCAGCGCAGAGGUAUCGCAUCAUUGGAUUCCCCGUAAAUCUGCAGGGAGAAUACGAGCGAAACUACUUCACCUACAACCUGUGCUUCGUGUUUGCUCGUUCAGCAGACCUGAGUUGUUACGAACCUAUUGUCCGAAAGGUUUCUCGAGUAUUGACAUCAUGCGAGGAAGAGUCAGGUUUCCUGUCUGAUCCUCAGAAGUCGACCGCCCUUCAUGGAGUCUUGGAGCAACUCUAUGAAGAACUCAAUUCCUACUCUGAGACCUCAAUUCCGAUUGACAUGUUUAACUCGAUAGAGUUGAAGAUAUUCCCCUUCUACCCCAACCCCCCUCCCGUCAAAGACUGGAUGGUCCCAGUCGCGUUGAUUAAUCUGUGUAGACGCAUCGAACCCAACUGGGAUCUGACUAUCGCUAAGGUGUGCACGCACAUAGACGGCGUUAAUCAUAUUAGCAAGAUUGCAUAUCUUGCGGAUUGUGAUAUUGACCUCACCCGUCAAGCCAUCUCCCACCUCCUGUAUUAUCAAGUCAUCAUGAUGAUUGACAUAUUCCAAUAUUCUAAUAUGUACACGUUGCGUAAAACAAUCCAGUGGCUAGCGGACGAAUCGCAUGUUCGAGAUGAAUGUGGCCCAUACGUUACCAAACCCGGGCGGACGAUUCCGGACUGGCCCCAGCUAUUGCACCUAUAUUCGCGUCUCAAACCAGGCAAGACCGUCUUACAAUGGAUUCAAGAUUACGACGUCGAGGAAAUGGAUAUCGACGUACGGCGUUUUACAAGCUUUGGGGUUAUCAAGGGUUUCCUGCGACGCGUGCAUAGAUUUCCUAUCCUUCUUCCAACUACUCCACAGGAAUCAAUGGCGUCUUUGCUUUCUGCUUCCCCAAGUCACACCGAUGAGAUGGAUUCUGGCACCGUACACACUCCUGCGCUUAGAUUUCCUAACUUCGCCCGCUUGCGAGGUGUAGAGAUUGCCCCGCUUCAAACAGGCUACAUACGAGGCCGAGGCCCCCCCACAGGUGCCUCAACUCCGAAACAGAAUAACUCGAUGGUUCCCACUAAUGGGAACGGCAAUGAUGUGCCUUCGUAUGCUGACACUGUAACGUCAACUUAUCCUUCAGAGACCAAACAACGACCUAGGCGCAUAAGCGCGGCAGAGCGGGUCUUAGAACAACUGCGAAGUAGGGACAGGGACUUGCAAAGGACUCCCGCCGCCAAUGUCAACAACUCUGUCCUCAGCCACGCUCCCCGGAUGUCAUGGAUACUACCCAAUAAAGAAGAGCAUUCCCGUCAUAGUUCUUUCCAUUCGGCAGAUCCAUCUGAAAGCCACAGCGAGAGACAUCGUCAUCCACAAGCGCCUCCCCCUUCGCCAGUCCUUUCAAGGGCUUCAUUGGCGUCUACGUUCUCGACAUCCGCUGUGCCAACACUAUCCGUGGCUCCCGCACGGCCACGCAUUUCACGAUCCCCUUCUGCCCCAAACAUGUCCGCUCUUAACAUACAGUCCUCUUGUCCCCCAGAGCUUGUUUCGCUUCUUGAUGGGGAGCACCACACUGACGAGCUAUGCGCUAGUUUUGAAGUCGGUUGGCAUACAUUAGAGGAAUGGCUCAGGGCCAUUGGUGCAGGCCAAGAUGACGGUGAAUAUGGACGAGUAGCUGUAAUCUAUCUUAUCUUGGUUCCUCCCCUCGACAGAACGAGCACGAUGUCUUCCCCGAGUGCUAAGAUUGAAGAGAUUCAGACAGAUCAGAUAACACAGGAUCACGAAGAUUCUGGCUCCGACGACGAAGUAGAGGUUCAAGACGAAGCCACAGCCGAACCUUCAACGUCGGCUCCCAAGAAGAAAAAGAAGAAAAAAUCUAAAGCUUCGCGCGUGCUCAAUGCAUUACGUUCCAAGGAGCAGAUCCCCCAAGAAAUUGUUGACACGGUUCUCAACAAGGUUCAAGUCGAACAUGGGGAGAACGUUCCCGGGGUAGAUGAGGCGACCGUGAGGGCCACACUCGAGCAGUUGAAGAUCAUGGACGUUAUGAAGGGGAAAUCGGGGAUCGGGGGGAUCAACAAGAAGGAUAUAGGAGACCAUAAAUUCUGGGGAACCCAACCUGUCACGCAACCUGGCGAGGAGGCACCCGAAGAGGACGGCUUCAUAGAGCCAUCGAAACCAAGAGAAGAAGUCCGUCAGGAUCCAUAUCCUCUGCCCAAGGAGUUCGAGUGGUCAACAAUAGACAUGUCCGACCCCAACCAGACCAAAGAAGUAUACGAUCUACUCUCCUUGAACUAUAUCGAAGACGACGACGCCUCAUUCCGUUUCUUAUAUACCGCUGAGUUUUUAGAAUGGGCUCUGAAGCCUCCGGGCUACUUCAAAGAGUGGCAUGUCGGUGUGCGCGUCGCCUCCAAUAAGAAAUUGGUUGCGUUCAUUUCUGGCGUUCCGAUUUCGCUUCGCGUUCGAGACAAACAAUUCCUAGCCAGUGAAAUCAACUACCUAUGCGUACACAAGAAGCUUAGAUCAAAGAGGCUAACACCUGUACUCAUCAAAGAGGUUACUAGGCAAGUGCACCUGAAGGGAAUUUUCCAAGCGAUUUACACAGCUGGAAUCGUCCUCCCAACGCCCGUUUCAACAUGCCGAUACUACCAUCGCUCGUUGAAUGUUCCAAAACUGGUUGAUAUUCGGUUUUGUUAUGUUCCACGGAACAUGACCCUUGCCCGUAUGAUACGGCUUAACAAACUUCCUUCCACUCCGCAGCUCCUUGAGAAGGGGCUGCGUGAAAUGGAAGAACGGGAUGUUGAACAAGUCUCAUCCCUCUUUACCCGCUACAUGAUGCGAUUUGGAAUGGCGCCAGAAAUGACACUCCCUGAAGUCAAACACCAGUUCUUAAGUGGGAGAGGCGAUUUGAGCAAACAUUUGGAAAGUGGGUGGAAGGGGAGGCGGGAAGGCCAAGUUGUGUGGACAUUUGUCGUUGAAAACCCCAACACGCACACAAUUACCGAUUUCUUUUCGUUCUACUCACUUCCAUCAACAAUUAUCAACGACCAGAAACAUGCUGUCCUUGAAUCGGCAUAUCUAUAUUAUUAUGCUACCGACGUUGCUUUCCAAGAGGGGGCGGAGGACACGGGGUUGCUGAAAAGACGGGUACAGGAACUCAUCAAUGACGCGCUCAUAGUCGCUGACCAAGCCAAAUUCGACGUGUUCAACGCGCUAACGCUGAUGGACAACGUUCCCAUUUUGCAAGAUCUGAAGUUCGGAGUUGGCGAUGGCUUCCUUAACUUCUACCUCUACAAUUGGCGAACUAAGCCAUUUGCUGGCGUAAAUGGGGUAGACGGGGUCCCUCCUGGGAAGGGUAUAGGUGUUGUUAUGCUAUAG